ACGAGCGAAGCGUGGCGCCCCCCGGACCGCGCGGGCCGAGGCGGAAGCCUGGGCUGGGGGCGGGAGGCGGGGCUGACUCAGACCGGAUUGACCCGCCUGCAGUUUCCAGGGGCCGAGGUGACAGCGGGCCCGGGACGGGCGGCCGCAGCAGCCUGCCGCGCUAAGGGACCGCCAGGCGGCGGAGAGCAGGUUAUAAGACAUGGAGGCUGGCUCCGUGGUUCGAGCCAUCUUUGACUUCUGCCCAAGUGUAUCAGAAGAACUGCCCCUCUUUGUGGGAGAUGUUAUUGAGGUGCUGGCAGUGGUGGAUGAAUUUUGGCUUCUAGGAAAGAAAGAGGAUGUUACAGGACAGUUCCCCAGCAGUUUUGUGGAAAUUGUGACCAUUCCCAGUCUAAAAGAUGGAGAAAGGCUGUUUGUCUGCAUCUGUGAAUUUGCAUCCCAGGAACUGAACAGUCUUUCCCUCCAUCGAGGUGACCUAGUGAUCCUCAAUGGCACCCCCACUGAGGGCUGGCUGCAGGGUCGAAGCUGCUGGGGUGCCCGGGGCUUCUUUCCAUCUUCCUGUGUUCGCGAGCUUUGCCUCUCUUCACGAAGCCGUCAGUGGCACUCACAGAGUGCUCUGCUUCAGAUUCCUGAAUAUUCAAUGGGACAAGCCCGGGCCCUGAUGGGGCUUUCUGCCCAGCUGGAUGAGGAGUUGGACUUCAGAGAAGGGGAUGUGAUUACCAUCAUUGGAGUUCCUGAACCAGGCUGGUUUGAAGGGGAGCUAGAAGGUCGAAGAGGCAUUUUUCCAGAGGGUUUUGUAGAGCUUUUGGGGCCCCUGAGGACUGUGGAAAAGUCAGUAAGUUCUGGAAAUCGAGAUGGGUGCAUCAUCAAUGGUAUAGGAGAUACUCCUAUAGAAGAGGAGAGAAGACCAGAAGAGGAUGAAGAGCAACCAGGGACCUAUGGAAUUGCCCUCUACAGAUUCCAAGCCCUGGAGCCCAAUGAAUUGGAUUUUGAGGUUGGGGAUAAAAUCCAAAUUCUGGGGACCCUGGAAGAUGGCUGGCUAGAAGGAUCACUGAAGGGUAGGACAGGCAUCUUUCCUUACCGGUUUAUACAGCUGUGCUCUAACACUAGAAUGGAGGAAACUGUGGAUCUGCCUCAGGAAAGCAGCCAAACCAAAGUCCCUGAAACUUCUUUGGAUUGUUUGGAGUAUUCCUUAGAGGUGGAGGAAAAAAGACAUGAAUCUCAUGAGUAUAAAGCAGAAAUGUCUAACUGUGUUAUGUCUGAAACAUCCACUUCUUCUCUAGAUCAUCUGACUCCUGAGUAUGAAGCAACCAAGAACUCUUGUGAGGAUGAAGGCAUCUUAGGAGAGCCCCCAGCAAGCCCAGGCAUGGAGCAUGAAAAGCCUCUUGCCAAAGACUCUUCCACAGAUGAUCCUAUUGAUGUAGCCAAUGGUAUUUCCUCCCAACCGCAGGUCCUUUUUCAUCCCAAAUUGAAGGAAAACCAGUAUUAUUCUACAGCAAGAGGGAGCCACCAAAGCUCAGAAAAAUACUCUCACCCUCUUCCUUUUGAAGCAAGGACUAGAGACUACUCCAGCCUACCUCUCAAAGGAACAUAUUCUCAGCUAAAGACUGUUCAGAAGCCAGUGCCCUCUCUUCACAGCUCUUUGAUUUCAGCCUCUAGGGUAGUCAGACCCAACCAAUUGAACUCUCAGCUCCAGGGCAUGGCGAGGUAUGGUAAAAAGCACCACAGAUCCAAAGAGCCUGUGUCCAGCUUUAGCACUGUAUCAGAAAGAUCAGAGAUGAAGCCCUGUCCACCAGGCAAGGGGCCUGCUAUGGAAGCAGUGACACUUUCACAGGGAGAUGACAGCACUGACCUGGAUAUCAAGUUGACACAACAGCUGAUAGAGUUUGAGAAGAGUGUAUCAGGACCUGGCACAGAACCAGAUAAAGUUUUACGCCAUUUUUCAAUCAUGGACUUCAACUCCGAGAAGGAUAUUGUCCGAGGUUCCUCAAAGUUAAUUACCCAGCAGGAGCUGCCUGAGAGGAGAAAAGCCCUAAGGCCACCGCCUCCCCGUCCCUGUACUCCAGCAUCCACUUCUCCCCAUCUGCUCGUUGACCAGAAUCUGAAACCUGCACCGCCUUUGUCAGUGCGCCCCUCUCGCCCAGCUCCCCUGCCUCCCUCAGCACAGCAGAGAAUGGAUGCCGUAUCCUCCAAGCUCCUAAGCCGUAGCCGUCCCAGCUGUGAGACCCUGGAAAACGAAGGCUCUGAGAAUACCGAAAAGACUCUGGACCAGACCUCCCCCUGUCCCUUAGUGUUGGUGAGAAUUCAAGAAAUAGAACAGGACUUGGAUAUGUGUAGCAGAACUCAAGAAGAACUAAACUUAAUGCUGGAGGAGAAGCAAGAUGAAUCAUUGAGGGCAGAGGCCCUUGAAAAUCUUGAGUUCUAUGAAAGUAACAUUGAAAGUUUAAAUAUGGAACUCCAGCAGCUUAGAGAGAUGACCCUCCUCUCCUCCCAGUCUUCAUCACUGGCAGCCCCUUCUCUGUCAGCGUCAACUGAAAACCCAGAGCAGAGAAUGCUGGAGAAAAGAGCCAAGGUGAUAGAAGAACUUCUUCAGACAGAAAGAGACUACAUUCGGGAUCUGGAGAUGUGUAUUGAACGGAUCAUGGUACCCUUGCAGCACGCCCAGAUUCCAAACAUUGAUUUUGAGGGACUUUUUGGAAACAUGCAGAUGGUGAUUAAGGUCUCAAAGCAAUUACUGGCUGCUCUGGAAAUCAGUGAUGCCAUAGGACCUGUGUUCCUUGAUCACCGGGAUGAGCUUGAGGGAACGUACAAGGUUUACUGCCAGAAUCACGAUGAGGCCAUUUCACUGCUGGAAAUCUACGAGAAGGAUGAGAAGAUCCAGAGGCACCUUCAAGAUUCUUUGGCAGAUCUUAAGAGCCUGUACAAUGAAUGGGGAUGCACAAAUUAUAUUAACCUGGGCUCCUUCCUUAUCAAGCCAGUGCAGAGAGUAAUGCGUUACCCACUACUGCUAAUGGAGCUGCUGAAUUCCACCCCAGAAUCCCACCCAGACAAGGUGCCUUUAACCAAUGCAGUCCUUGCAGUCAAGGAAAUCAAUGUGAAUAUUAAUGAAUAUAAACGUCGAAAGGACCUGGUCCUCAAGUACCGUAAAGGUGAUGAAGAUAGCCUUAUGGAGAAAAUUUCCAAACUGAACAUCCACUCCAUCAUCAAGAAGUCCAACCGAGUCAGCAGCCACCUGAAGCACCUCACUGGCUUUGCUCCUCAGAUAAAAGACGAAGCAUUUGAAGAAACAGAGAAGAACUUCCGAAUGCAAGAAAGAUUGAUUAAAUCUUUUAUCCGAGACCUGUCUCUCUACCUCCAGCACAUCCGGGAAUCUGCAUGUGUGAAGGUGGUGGCUGCUGUGAGCAUGUGGGACUUGUGCAUGGAGAAGGGAAAUCGAGACUUGGAGCAGUUCGAGAAGGUGCAUCGCUACAUCACUGAUCAGCUCUUUACAAAUUUCAAAGAGAGGACUGAGCGGCUUGUCAUCUCUCCCUUAAAUCAGCUACUGAGCAUGUUCACAGGGCCCCACAAGCUGGUCCAGAAACGCUUUGACAAGCUUCUGGACUUCUAUAACUGUACCGAACGGGCAGAGAAAUUAAAAGACAAGAAGACGCUGGAGGAGCUGCAGUCUGCCCGGAACAACUAUGAGGCCCUGAACGCGCAGCUGCUGGAUGAGCUGCCCAAGUUCCACCAGUAUGCCCAGGGCCUCUUCAGCAACUGCAUCCACGGCUAUGCCGAAGCCCACCACGACUUUGUGCACCAGGCUCUGGAGCAGUUAAAGCCACUGCUUUCAUUACUUAAAGUUGCCGGCAGAGAGGGAAACCUUAUUGCCAUCUUCCAUGAAGAGCACAGCAGAGUUCUGCAGCAACUCCAGGUUUUCACCUUCUUCCCAGAGUCUCUUCCAGCCACCAAGAGGCCAUUUGAGAGGAAAACUGUGGAGCGCCAGUCCACUCGAAAGCCACUCCUGGGCCUGCCAAGUUACAUGCUGCAGUCAGAAGAACUCCGGGCCUCCCUUCUGGCAAGGUACCCCCCAGAGAAGCUCUUCCUGGCAGAACGGAACUUCAAUGCUGCUCAAGACCUUGAUGUCUCACUUUUGGAGGGCGACCUGGUGGGUGUGAUUAAAAAAAAAGACCCCAUGGGCAGUCAGAACCGCUGGCUGAUUGACAAUGGAGUCACCAAAGGCUUUGUGUAUAGCUCCUUUCUGAAGCCCUACAACCCGCGUCGCAGCCACUCUGAUGUCUCUGUUGGCAGCCACUCUUCCACCGAGUCAGAGCACAGCGGCUCCUCGCCCAGAGUCCCACGACCGGAUAGCAGCAGCACCUUGACCUUCGACCCUAGCAGCAUGGCUGUGUCCUUUACCGCAGGGCCCUGCCAGAAACAGCCUCAAGAUGCAGCUUCAUUGAAGGAAUUUGACCCAGGAAAUCUCAGUGCAUCUUUAAACUUGGGUAAUUCAGAGAGUGGCCCUAGCAGGUGCCUUUCAGACACAGACUCCACCUUCCAGCCCAGGCCGCAGGACUCUGUAGAUGCAGCCAGAGAGAUUAUCCAACCUGCAACCACCCCAAGAAGCUACCGCUGCUCCAGGCUUCCAGAAAUGGUUGGCUCUUCCCUACCAGGGCGAAAUAGGCAAGGUAAAGACCUUGUAAAGGGAUGUGCAAGAACAGCCCAGUCUUUGGAAGACAAAAAUGAAGAGCCCGAGAGCUUUGAGGCAGAAGGCAACCAGGUCUAUUUUGCCGUCUAUACCUUUAAGGCACGAAACCCAAAUGAGCUGAGCGUGGCAGCCAAUCAGAGACUCAAGAUCCUUGACUUUAAAGAUGUUACAGGAAAUACAGAAUGGUGGUUAGCUGAAAUUAAUGGGAAGAAGGGCUAUGUUCCAUCCAAUUAUAUCUGCAAAACUGAGUACACCUGAACCUGUCUUCCCACCACUCAACCUUGCUGCUUUGCUUGCAGUCUGCUGAAAGGUUCUGGCGGUCCACUGAGGCGAGGGCACCACUCCUGAGACCCAGGCCCUGUCUGCAUUGCUUAACCAUGGCAUGGUGGAGCACAAAUAAGUCUUGUUCUUCUCAACUGAGUUGUAAACCUUGAUGUGCUCUAGAACUUCUAGAACUUGAAAUGGGCCCUGGGUCUUACAGAUGAUUCAGUGGCCAUGAGAAGAGAAGCAAGUCUUGGGAUCAGCCAGUGGAAAUGAGAAAUGUCCGAUCAGAAAACCAGUGUCCUAUAUAUGCUGGCAGCUGUGCUAUAUAUAGCAUUAGACAAUGUUGGCAUUGGUUGCUGCACCUUACUGAGCUUGAGGUGACCCCGUGCUCCACGAUCAACUGACCAGAAACUGACUUGGAUUAAGAGAAGGGUUAUGGUUCUAGGAGCUUUGCUGUAGCCUGAGAGCACUUUUUAGGCUGUGGCUCUGCGUGUGACAAGGAGAUUGUACUAAGAAACUGUACCAACCUAGUGUUUCAAGCCUUCGGGGACACCUUUGGUGUCCCGGAACACAUUCUCUUUCACCCCCUCCCUCCACACACACACACACACACACACACACACACACACCUGCCUCUAAUUUCUAAAAGUCCCUAAAAUAGUAACAUCUGUAAUCUUUUUCUUAUUUAUUUCACUUCAUUCCCAAAUUGGCUAUGCAAAAUUCAGCUGCCUCCUUCUUUUAAGAAGUGUUUUGGGUCUUUAUUUUCCUCUGACCCUUCAUCUGUUAGGUUCUCUUCCCUUGUUAGAUACAUUUUUAUAUUUUUGACAGUUGUCUCUACUUUAUAUCCUCUGGGUGUGACAGAGCCUCAUGUCCCUCUCUGUCCCUGUGACUCAAUAACUGAUAAAUUUUCUCAGAAGAACAUGAUCAGAGUUACAGCCAUUCCAUUCAAAGUCUUAGUUCCGCAAUGAGCUGAAAUCACUUCAGCAAGGUGGACUAUUGGUUGCCUUCCUCCUUCCUCCAAGCACACGUACUAUCUGGUUACAUCCAUAGAUGCAGAAAACAUAAAACAUGCAUCUCAUUUGAAUUAGAAUAAGCAGUCUUAGAAGUAGCUUAUCUUAGACUUGGAAAUAAGCAUUUUCUGUUUCACCACUAACCUCCAUUCUUCAGAUCUGACAGUCUAAGCCACACAGAUUCUCAAGUGCCUGAAGCACCUCCCUGUGGUCUCAGGAAGAUACAUGCUAACCCUUUGACUAAGAAUCUCUCCCUAAAAGUUCUGUUUUAGUAGGGUUCUUAUGCUUAAGGUCUUGCCCAGAUGUGAAGCCUACCUUGGAACAGGACGCUAAGAAUUUUGCCUUUUAAGAAAGGGAAUCAAGAACAGCUUUACAGCUCCUGCUCCUUCAAGUGUCUGUCUGGCCUUAAAGCCCAGAUGACUUGGGAGACAUCCAUGGACUCCUCAUCCCCAGGGUCCCAGCUUCCUGUCAGAAGGUAGUAAUGCAAGAGUCUCUUGUGAAUAGUGUUUAUAUUUAGAGAUGUUUAUAUUUAAAUAGUUAUUUUAUAAAUAAAAGCACUUCCAAUGGC